AUGUCGAAGAAUUUCCUCGUCACCGGCGCAGCACGCGGUAUUGGCCGCGGCCUCGCCCGGCACCUCCUCGCCUCCAACCACCGCGUGUUCCUCGUCGACGUUGACACCCGUGAGCUCGAGCACACCGCAUGCAUGUUGUCGAAGACGCAUCCGCACGACACGUUUGCCACGUGCGUAGCCGACCUCCGCUCCCCGAGCGCCAUCACCCUCGCCGCCCAACAGGCGCGGUCCUUCUUCGCCGGUCGCCUGGACUGCCUGGUCAACAAUGCCGCUUACACGGGGGGCGUGGGCGGCCCGUCCCUCCAGGACAUGACGCUGGAGGAGUGGAACAAGAGCAUCCAGACGAAUCUCACGGCGCCCAUGCUCAUGACGCAGGCCUGCCUGGACAUGUUGGUCGCGGCGGGAGGGUGCGUGAUCCACGUGUCCUCCACGAGGGCGGUGAUGAGCGAGCCUGAUAACGAGGCGUACGCGGCGACAAAGGCAGGGCUUUUGGGGCUGACGCAGAGCAUGGCGGUUUCGCUGGGCGGAAAGGGGGUGAGGGUCAAUGCGAUUCUGCCGGGCUGGAUACACGUCGGGGAUGAGUGUAAGGAGGCGGAUGAGAAGGGGACAGAGUGGCAGGAUGGGCUGAGCGAGGAGGACAUGAGGUGGCAUUUGACGGGGAGGGUUGGCAAGGUGGACGAUGUUGCGAGGGCGGUUGCGUAUUUGCUUGAUGCGCGGGGGGUUUCACUUUUUCAGCUCCUUGGCCCGAGUAUGCCGAUGCUCCUAUAUAUCAUUGACAGAGUCGAGAGCAGAGACGUAUACUUUGGACUGGGUGAAUGUAUCUUGCCUAAAGACCGUAACGGAAGGCAAAGGCAAUUUGCGACGAUUUACCUUUCCACGAUGUCAAGCGUGGGUGGAUUCAUUAUUUAG